AUGUACUUAAAGAUGGCUUUACGAUGGGCUCCUUACACCCCUCGCUCGACAGGUGCCUCUUCCUCUUCCUCCGCCAAUCCUCCAACGGUCCCUCCUGCCAUUGACCCUGCACUCACCACUCCUGCUGUCAAUUCGAUGGCCAUUAUCACCACUGUCGCUGCUGCCCCUGCAACCACCACCACCACCACCAACAAUCCUGCCACCAAUCCCGGCAACAACCCCACCCCCUACACCACAAUGACGCCAACCACUGCGCGGGCCACGACCAACGCGCCAACCUUCAAUGCCAACUCCGUCCGCGCCAAUUCAAUCAUCCCGCUCGACCUGGAGGAGGAGGUCAUCAUCACGGCAGAUGAUGAAUGGGGCUUCAGGUGCGACAUGUGCGGGUAUGUGCGGCGACAACCAGGAGAGUUCAACCGACACAUCAGAGAUGGGUCCGGCGGCGCAAGACCAGGAUUUCGGCUCGUGGCGGCAGCUCCCUGGCACAGUUCGGGAUUCUGGUACGGACGCGACGACAACGGGCGAGAGUACGCUGGGUGGAUCGCCCUCUACAGACCACCAUAUGCGACGGUCGAUCCAUGUCAAGAAAACCUCCGUCGUUUCGCUCGUCUUCGUCGUGCUGCCCGUCGUGCUGCUGUUCGUGGUGGUCGCGGAGGUCGUCGUUAG